AUGAAAAUGGUGUCUUGUAACUGUUCGUAUCAAAUAUCAGUAAACUCUGAUUGCCAAAGCGCUGUAUCAAAAUGCAAAUAUCAGAAAAACUACAAAAAUCAAAUGGAAUGCAUUCAAUGUGAAGAUAAAUAUGUUUUUAACGAUAAUAUUUGUCAAAAUGUUGCUAACAUAUCAACUCGAAACAAUGUCGUUUAUCAAUGUGAAAAUGGCAAUUAUUUGAAUGAAAACAAUCAAUGUGUAAAAUGUACAGACAAUUCAUUGAUUUGUAUAAAUUACAAUUCAAACACUAUAAUUAUGACUUGUGUAAAAAAUAAAGUUUAUGACGUUGAAACAAUGAGUUGUAUUGGUGAUAAUAAUUGUUUGAAAUACAGCAAAGAUUAUUGUUCACAAUGUGUUGAUGUUAACAUGGAACUAAAAUAUGGUAAAUGCUCAGUGUGUUCAAUACCAAAUUGUAAAUGUUGUGAAGGUGGAAAAUGCAAAAAGUGCAAUGAAAAAUACGUGAUACAACCAAAUGGGUUUUGCGUUGAACAAAGUGAAGUUGGGUGUGUCAAAGCUGAUGGUCUUUUUUGUUUGCAAUGCAAUGAAGGGUUUAACCCGAUAGAAACUCUCAACAAAGAAGGAAAAUACGAUUUUUGUAUUCCAAUUUCUCAAUCUCAAAUAGCUGACUGUAAAUACUCACUGAUUUCAAAAUCAAUAUGUGUUGAAUGUUUGGAUAGUUUCAAUUUGAAAGGUGGAAAUUGUUCAGAAAAUUUUGAUGAUAUUGAUGACGAUGUUACUAACACAAAACAAGUGAUAAAAGGUGUUGAAGUUUCAUGUUUUACUCGAAAUAACAAAGGGUGUGAAAGAUGCAGUUCUGGUUAUUAUAACAUUAACAGCGAAUGUGAGAUGUGUUCAAAUCACUGCGAUAAUUGUUAUAAUACAACUUAUUGCUUGACAUGCGAUCCACAGUAUUACCUGUCCUCCACCUUUACAUGUGAACCACUUGACAAUUUAUUUACAAAAUAUGAAUUGACUCUGCCAACAGGUGGUGGAUGUGUGAUUUGCAAAGACCAGUACUAUAAACAAAAAACAGACUGCAUUUCUUGUGAUGAAUCGUGUGGUACUUGUGUUGAUGGCACUUCUUGUUUGACUUGUCAAAAUCAGUAUUUCAAAUUUUCUGGCAGUGAAAAUAAAUUGUGUGUAUCAUAUGACAACUUGACUAAUUGUGAAACUAAAACGCCGAUUGGGUGUGUAAAAUGUGAGAAUGGAUAUUUCUUAGAUAAUUACAUUUGCAAAAGUUGUUCUGAUAACUGCAUUUCGUGUGACAACGAUCAAAAUUGUAAAAUCUGUGUUGAAAACGAUUAUGUGUUGGUUGACUCGCAGUGUGUGAAUUACAAAAAUAUUGAAUUUUGUUUGUCUGCAUACAAUUCAAAGUGCACAGAAUGUGAAGGCUUUCACAAACCAAGUGAUGUUGGUGAUUACUGUGUCAAAGAGACAAAUUAUGGGUUGGUAGUUGGUGUUCCAUUAUCAGUCACUUUUGUGAUCAUAGUGUUUAUUGUUGCAAUAAUAGUAAUAGUGAUAUCAAUGAUACAAAAGAAAAAACAAAAGAAGAAAGAGAAGAACAUUUGCAACUUCAAGAUGAGUCGGUCCAACAUUGAGAUGGUCAAAUUAAGUGCUAAUUUGGUGUCAAACAAGACAACACUGAAAUUUGAUUUGGAUAACAAUGACCCACUGAAAGUCGACAUUGAGACAAGAGAUUUGUUAUGUAUCGGAAAUGUGACUAAAAGCAAUUUAAAAGUUCAAUUCAGUGUAAUAGAAGGGUGUGACUAUUAUGAAAUACGAAGUGUGCCACCACUUGUGACAUUGAAGCCUGGAUAUGCUUGCGAAUUUGAGAUAUUCAUCAAGCCGUUGUGCACUUGUGUCACCAAAGAACAUGUAGCAAUCACUUCAUUGAAUAUAGCAACCGGUGUCAUUGAAAAUGCAAAAGUUGAAAUGGAAAUCGAAACUGAACAAACAACUAAAUUGAAUUACAGAGAAAAUAUCGAAGACGAGAAGCUUGGUGAAGGAAGUUUUGGAAUAGUUUUUAAAGGGCAAUACAGAGGCGUCUGUGUUGCAAUCAAAAAGAUGAAACAACUUGAUAAUUAUGAAAGUGGACUUGAAGAAUUUGAAAAGGAAGUUGCCAUGUUAGACAAGUUUAGGUGUGAUUACAUCAUACACUUCUAUGGUGCUGUGUUUAUACCAAGUAAAGUGUGUAUGGUUACCGAAUUUGCAGCAUUUGGGUCACUCCAAGACUUGAUCAAACACAAGAAGAGUGAUGAAGUUGAUAUGAAGUUGCGAAUGAAAUUUUUGUUGGAUGCGGCAAAAGGCAUUCAAUAUUUACAUGAAAAUGGGAUAUUACACAGAGACAUCAAGCCAGACAAUUUCCUGGUGUUAUCACUCGAUGUGAAUGAAAUAGUGAAUGCAAAAUUGACAGACUUUGGGUCGUCGAGAAAUGUGAAUAUGCUGCAAACCAACAUGACAUUCACAAAAGGUGUUGGCACACCAAUCUACAUGGCGCCAGAGAUUUUGAAACAGGAUAAGUACAAAAAGAGUGCAGAUAUUUAUUCAUUUGCAAUCACUAUGUUUGAGACUAUUUCUUGGAGAGAAGCAUUUCCAAAAAGUGAAUUUAAAUACCCAUGGAAAAUACCAGACUUUGUUAAUGGUGGAAAUCGUCUCCAAAAAAUUGAUUGUAUGACUGACGAACAAUACGAACUAAUAUCUAACUGUUGGGCUCAUAACAAAGAAGAUAGAAUCACUAUUGAAGCUGCAAAAGAAAAACUUGAAAUUUUGUUAAAAUGA